AUGCCGUCGCAACGCCGCAUGAGGCUCUUCGGCGUGCUUUUUCUCGUCGCCGUCGUCACGAUCCUCUACAUGACGCGCUCCGCCGCACAAACACACGCCUCAGACUUCUACACCAAGACGUCCGAAGCGCUGCAGCAGCACGAGUUUGCCGAAGCUGCCAAGCAGCGCGACGCAGACAGCGUGGGCACGCGCCUGAAGGCCGCCGAGGAAGCCGCCAAGAAGAAGGCCGACGAGAAGGGCGCAGAGUUCCACAAGGCCGUCGAGGGUAAGGACAAGUCUGUCGCCGGCCGCGUCAAGAUCGAGGGCGACAAGCCGGCGCCUGUCCCCGGCGUUGCAGCGCAGGGCGGGCGCCCGCGCGACCAGGCCGCGAUGAAGGAGCACGAGACGCCCGAGGACCACGACGUGGAGAUUGAGCUCAACGCCAUCCUAAAGAAGAGCCCUGUCAUCAUCUUCUCCAAAUCCUACUGCCCCCACUCCAAACACGCAAAGCACAUCCUGCUCGAGAACUACACAAUCACACCCGCGCCCUACGUCGUCGAGCUGGACCAGCACCCGCUGGGCGCGAGGCUGCAGGACACGCUGGCGCAGAUGACGGGCCGCCGCACCGUGCCCAACGUCCUGGUGCAGGGCAAGAGCAUCGGCGGCGGCGAUGAUAUGCAGGAGCUCGACGAGACGGACAGGCUGAUCGACACGCUCCGGAGUCUGGGCGGGACGCGCAUCACUGGCGUUGUGCACACGGGGGCGCGGGAGAAGGCGGCGGGCAGUAUGAAGAGGCGGAGAGCUUAG